GUAUUUUGCCUAGAUAGCUUUAAAAUGAAACACUGUAUAGUAAUCCGGGAUGCCAUUAUUCCAGCAUUUCUCCUGUUAGCUAUGUUUAUUGUUGGGAAUAUGGAAGCCCAGACCUGCGCGGAUACGAACCAAGGGUGUCACUUUAUCGGACAAGAUGGCGUUUUACGUUGUAACAACGUUAUACCACAUAACCCAGCAGGUGCAACAACGGUGGAAAUACGCAUAUGUGUGUUUAUGGAUAUCCACAGAGGAGCUUUCGUCCAUAAAAACUGGUCAUUCGUGGAACAUCUUUCAUUUGUGAGGAUUUCUAAUGGCAUUACAGGACAGUAUGUGUACUUUCACUCUAAUUGGCAUGCGGGAAUAAACGUGCUAUCGCGACUUGAUAUACAUUUGUCUGACGGAGGCAUGGGUUUUGAUGAUGAUGCUUUCCAUGGAAUGUCCACCUUGAACAUUCUGGAUUUGUCAAGCUCGAAUUUUUUAGAAACGGUAAUAUUCGACAACAAUAUGAAAGGAGGCGUUUCCAUUGAAUCAGGCAGUAUUACAAUAACCCAGACCAGAAGCAACACCUUUUGGAGAUGGAAGAACUUAUUCCUAAGACAUAACACACUUCGAACUCUAAAUUUUAGCUUAAUAAUACCCUACUCUACAUUUGAGCUUCUGGAUUUAAGUGAUAAUAUAAUACAUUAUAUAAACCCAAAGUUUUUCUCCUCGCUUUAUUCCCUCCGGAGUCUUUCGAUGGCGAACAAUCGAUUGAAUGACAUGCUAUUAAGUUUUAAAAGUGAUUUUGAAAAUCUAUUUGCGGCUUUGUUGAACCUUAGAAAUUUAGAUAUAUCAAACAAUUACCUACAAUUUAUUCCGAGUACCACUUUUAAACAGAACUCUAAGCUCAUUCAACUCGAUUUAUCGGGUAACAAAUUAUCAGAAUUAGGUUUUUUAUUGUGUACUUUAGAAACUCUUACUUCUCUUAAUGUGUCUAAUAAUUUGUUUGUAAUAAACGACGCGGGUUUGCAAAAAGACAUAACAGCAUUCAUGGAAUCUUGCAGAAACAGCUCUGAGAAAGACCCCGUUUUUGAUUUUACAAACAACAAGAUACUAUGUUCAUCUUGCGAACACAAAUCAACAGUUGAGUGGCUGAUCAAUCGGAAGAGUUACUUCUACAGAUGGACAGAACUACGAUGUAUUGGUCAGUCCGGUCAAUUACUGAUGAUAAACGAACAUUUUUUCGACAGCCUAAAUGAUGCCUGCCUGAGACCGACCAGAAUAGCUUUGGCGACGGCAUUGCCGUUGGUGUUUGUGUUAUCGCUAACUGCCACUCUCUAUGUUCUAUACAAACGUCGGAAAGCUUCGAUGCGGCUUCAGACUCGGGAGAGUCGUAUUGCAGAACUUCAGACAGACGAUGAUCGGUUCGCUGUGUUUCUAGGCUACAGCAUCAAUGACUACGAUUUCGUGCACGAGAACGUUGAAAUGCCACUGAAUCUCCACCUCCAGACCAUUGUGGACACGGACCGGCGCCUCGUGUGCUCGGGUGACACUGACUUCAGGCUAGGAGUAAACCUUCACGACGAGGCGGUCCGCCUUAUGCAACAAUCUAACGUGGUUGUUCUGAUGGUGACAGACUCGUUCUGUACCAGCAACUUUUGUCAGAGCGAGCUGACGUUCGCAAUCAACGAGAACAAGCCUGUGAUCGUGAUGGUGAAGGAGCGAGUAAAUGAGAACAUAAUGCCUCCAAUAUUGAGAAAUCACUUUCAUAGGUACACAAGAAUCGUGUGGAUGGAAACGAACGGACAGUAUCUGCUGAAGACCACUUGGAAUAAUGUUUGCAACUCUAUCCUGGAAUUGUCUUAAAGAAAAAUGUGCCGUUGAUUUAGUUUCACAUAAUUACUCUUAGAUUUUUCGUAUGGUAAAAACACUGCCUUAAUUGUUGAAUAUAUUAUUAAUUUGAAUCAGAAACAUUAAUAUGAUAUAUGUAUUACUAUUGUGCCCGCCAAAACAUUUCAAUGUAAAAUUACAUACUUAUAUUUGAAAUAUUCCAUAUGGUCAUUAACUUGUUGCAUUGUGUCUUUUACAAUGGUGCUGCGAUUGUUUAUAGACAUUACAUGUUGUUUUUGCUGUUGUUGUCGCAUAGCUAUGGUUGUUGUUGAUAUGUAUUGUAAUUUAAGUGAGUUUGCCAAGACAUUCUCCUAUUUCAACAAUCGACUUUGACGUUUGGACACUAUUUUUAUAUUUAUGUUGCCUUCUACCACCCUUUCUUUUAAACCAGUGCUCCUUUUUUAAUUUUCGGGAUUGAUAUCAAAUAAAACUUUUUAAACAUUUAACGACUAUCUUAAGUAUACACUUAUAAUUUUUACAUUUCUAUUCUUUUUAAAUUUCAACUUUAUUAAACAUGGUAAUAUAAUGGUAAUGAAAUACAGUAUUCAAGUUAAUGAUAUAUUGUAAUUAAAUUAGUAUACAAAACAUCAGAGAAAGAAAUAUAUUACGGCAUCUGUCUUACUUUGUGUAAAUAUGAAUACGGCUUACUAUUACAUUGAGAGCACAGUUCCUUAUUAUCAAACAUUUCAUUUUUCCAUUUCGUUAUUUCAAAAUGUUAAAUAACAGUUUCAUUGAGGAAGUUAAACGUUAUAUGUGAUGUUUAAUAGGUAAAAUAUUUGAUCAUGUGAACAUAUAAAAUAGUCAGAGAGUACUUAAUGAAGCGUUCUAAAUGCGGAAGUUUUAAAUACAUAAAGAAAACUAUAACUUACAUAGAGAAAAUGUUCACGAUAUUUGUUUGAAACUGCAAAAAAAAUCACGGAAGACUGAUGUGGUUGUAAGAGGUUAUUAUAAGAUAUUACAAGAUAAGUUUGUCUCUUACCGGCAAUUGAUAUUAAAACCUGUUAGAACUAAGUGGCAGUCUUUAAAGCAUAUAAGUUUUAAAGACCUCUUGUAGAUAUUUCAAAUCUGACAUACAAAUGUUUAAUGAAAAAUAAUUCGUUAUUCUCCAUCCUAGCACUCAUUUAAGUAAAAUCUUAACAAGAAUACAAUUGAGUUUCUUAUUUUUACUAUGAAGGUGAACACAAGUUGAAGGCUCAUUAAAGGCUGUGGGUGCAAUUAAGUGUUGGUAAUGAACAUUUGUUUUCUAAAUGUAGUGUCGAUAGCCCCAGGUUCCAAUGUGGUGAAAUAAAAAACACCAUUCAUUUCGUCUUUAGCUGUUCCAUAUAUUUGAUUACCCUCGGUGAAUUGAAAUUAAAAGGGACAGAACAAAGGUAUCCAUCUGUUUUCGAUAUUUCAUAUUUCAAACUAUCUGAUUAAUCUUGUUAGUGAGAAACUAAAAUUACAAAAUACUUAUUUUAAAAGUCAUUGUAAUUUUACUGUAUUAAUACUAAGAUGUCAAUUCUUGGUACGUUUUUACCAUUUAUUCAUAGUUUAUGCCUUGAGUGUAAUCUUCUUGUGUAUUGGACUUUUCUAUUUUGAAAGUAGUGAGUAAUAUUAUAAUGAUAACCACAUUUAUUGCUUGGAUCAAUUUUCAUAUAAAAUGUAUAUUUCAGUUAAUGAAACUUUAUGUUUGGCUUAUGUUAUGUGUAUUUUAAGUAUGUGUGGCUAUAUGUGUAUAUUUGCAAUUUUAUUGAUGAGAAUCCAACUGUUCAUGAUGUAUACAUGUCAAUAAAUAAUAUAUGAUC